GAAAGCUCGCGAAAGCUUUUACUCGCCCAGUGAUAAACAGCUGAUCAACAGCUGAACGAUUGUGGGUCGAACGUAAACAAAUUGGUUAAACGCUAUUUUCCGCUCGUUGCUAGUCGCGAAAAGUCCGUUCAUCACAGAUAGAAUCAACCAAUUUUCAACCUUAAUCAAAAGAAUCGAAGGGCAAUCGCGUUGGAGCGAACUCUUAGCCGGAUUUAACCAUCCGCAGUCUGCAUUGCAUCAGUACGCACUUACAGAAAGCCCGUGGCUGUGUGCGUGUGUCCGUGUGUGUUGUGUAUGCGUCUCUGGCCUGAAGGUCACCUUGAAACGUCAAAAGCAAAAGCGAAACUUGUGAAUACCGCCUGCGACCAUAUAUAUUGCUAGUAACUGAAAAGCCACGGCAAGGAGCAGUAGUAGUAUUUAUAGCCCACUUGGAUAUAACCCAGCUCCAGCUGCGCGACUCGCAUAGCUGCAAUACAGGGAAACUCCCUUCCGAGUCCAAUAGUGGUUCAUAGUGUGUGCUUUGUGCGAUAGCCGUUACGAUCCCAGUUAGAGAUAUAGUGAAAAAGUGAGAAAUAUGAAUUCCGAGAUUAAUCAACGUUUCCUGGCCCGCGGCUCGCAGAAGGACAAAGGACUGGCGGUCUUCACCAGCGGCGGGGAUUCCCAGGGCAUGAAUGCCGCCGUCCGAGCCUGUGUGCGUAUGGCCAUCUAUUUGGGCUGCAAGGUCUACUUCAUCCGUGAAGGCUACCAGGGCAUGGUAGAUGGAGGUGACUGCAUCCAGGAGGCUAACUGGGCCUCAGUCUCGUCCAUCAUCCAUCGUGGUGGUACCAUCAUUGGCUCCGCCCGUUGCCAGGACUUCCGUGAGCGUCAGGGUCGCUUGAAGGCCGCCAACAACCUGAUCCAGCGUGGAAUCACCAAUCUGGUGGUCAUUGGAGGCGAUGGCUCCCUCACCGGCGCCAAUCUGUUCCGUCAGGAGUGGUCCAGUCUGCUGGACGAGCUGGUCAAAAACAAGACCAUUACCACCGAGCAGCAGGAGAAGUUCAAUGUCCUGCACAUCGUUGGAUUGGUGGGCUCCAUUGACAACGAUUUCUGUGGCACGGACAUGACCAUCGGCACGGACACGGCCCUGCAUCGCAUCAUCGAGGCCAUCGAUGCCAUUUCCAGUACCGCCUACUCGCAUCAGCGCACCUUCAUCAUGGAGGUCAUGGGUCGUCAUUGCGGCUAUUUAGCUCUUGUGGGCGGACUGGCGUGCGAGGCGGAUUUCAUAUUCAUUCCCGAAAUGCCGCCCAAGGUCGAUUGGCCAGACAGGCUCUGCUCUCAGCUGGCCCAGGAGCGAUCUGCUGGCCAGCGCCUGAACAUCGUGAUCGUCGCCGAAGGAGCCAUGGAUCGCGAGGGUCAUCCCAUCACCGCCGAGGAUGUGAAGAAGGUGAUCGACGAGCGUUUGAAGCACGAUGCCCGCAUCACUGUCUUGGGUCACGUGCAGCGCGGUGGCAAUCCCAGUGCCUUCGAUCGUAUUUUGGCUUGUCGCAUGGGAGCUGAAGCCACUUUGGCCCUGAUGGAGGCCACCAAGGACUCGGUGCCAGUGGUCAUCUCUCUGGAUGGCAACCAGGCAGUUCGCGUGCCGCUGAUGGAGUGCGUUGAGCGCACCCAGGCUGUGGCCAAGGCCAUGGCGGAGAAACGCUGGGCGGAUGCUGUCAAGCUGCGCGGACGCUCCUUCGAACGGAAUCUGGAGACCUACAAGAUGCUGACGCGCUUGAAGCCACCCAAGGAGAACUUCGACGCCGAUGGCAAGGGCAUCGAAGGAUACCGCCUAGCUGUGAUGCACAUUGGUGCUCCAGCUUGCGGUAUGAAUGCCGCUGUGCGCAGUUUCGUGCGAAAUGCCAUCUACCGCGGUGAUGUGGUUUAUGGAAUCAACGACGGUGUCGAGGGUCUGAUUGCCGGUAAUGUUCGCGAGCUGGGCUGGUCCGAUGUCUCAGGAUGGGUUGGUCAGGGUGGCGCCUACUUGGGCACCAAACGCACUCUGCCUGAGGGCAAGUUCAAGGAGAUCGCCGCUCGUCUCAAGGAGUUCAAGAUCCAGGGUCUUCUGAUCAUCGGUGGCUUUGAGAGUUACCAUGCCGCCGGACAGAUCGCCGAUCAGCGGGACAACUACCCACAGUUCUGCAUCCCCAUUGUGGUUAUUCCAUCGACGAUCUCGAACAAUGUGCCCGGCACAGAAUUUUCGCUGGGAUGCGACACCGGUUUGAAUGAGAUUACGGAGAUUUGCGACCGUAUCCGUCAAUCGGCCCAGGGCACCAAGCGCCGCGUGUUCGUCAUCGAGACAAUGGGUGGCUACUGCGGCUAUUUGGCCACCUUGGCCGGUUUGGCCGGCGGAGCUGAUGCCGCCUAUAUCUACGAGGAGAAGUUCUCCAUCAAGGACCUGCAGCAGGAUGUCUACCACAUGGCCUCCAAGAUGGCCGAGGGCGUCUCCCGCGGUCUGAUCCUGCGAAACGAGAAGGCUAGCGAGAACUACACCACGGACUUCAUUUACCGCCUGUACUCGGAGGAGGGAAAGGGUCUCUUCACCUGCCGGAUGAACAUCCUGGGUCACAUGCAGCAGGGCGGCUCACCCACUCCCUUCGACCGCAACAUGGGCACCAAAAUGGCCGCCAAGUGUGUCGACUGGCUGGCCACCCAGAUCAAGGCGAACAUUGACGCCAACGGAGUGGUCAACUGCAAGUCCCCGGACACCGCCACCCUGCUGGGUAUCGUGUCGCGACAGUACCGCUUCUCACCACUGGUCGACCUCAUUGCCGAGACGAACUUCGAUCAACGCAUCCCGAAGAAGCAGUGGUGGCUGCGCCUGCGUCCCCUGCUGCGUAUCCUGGCCAAGCACGACUCCGCCUACGAGGAGGAGGGUAUGUACAUCACCGUCGAGGAGGAGUGUGACACCGACGCCGUCGCCUAAGCGGACGCGGAUCUGGACUCUGAUCCCCACUUCUGCUUACCACCACCAUCGCUGCAUCGAAGCAUCAAUGUCCUCCUAUCCGCACCCUCGAAUCUGUUUCUGUGUUCGCUUUUUCACUUGUUUUGGCACCGCAUCCGAUCCGUUUUAUGGUUUUAACCAUGAUCAGACGAAGGGGCCCAUGACAGCGGCACAUACGAAAGUAUUUCAUCAUAUACAGACGCAUACAAAACGCACAAAUACAUAACUUAUUUAUAUUGCCCGCCAGUCGAAUCUUUCUUAUGAUUUAUCCAAAUAUCGUGUAUUUUUCAAUUUCGUAUCUCGAAUACUUGUUUAACGUUAAAGUUAAUAGUUCAUUCUACAUUGCAGCCGUUCCGAAGAGUCUGGCGACCUAUUAGGGGAAUCCGUUUCGCAUGUUAUCGUAAUUGUUGGUUCUUCAACCCAACUAAAUUAAAAGUUAUAGUAUUUGGACAAAUUACCCAGUCAAAGGAACAAAUUCUAUCUGCAAAAUGUUUUUCGAGUAUUGUUAUCGAACGAAGCAAUGAUCUAUUUGUAACGACGUGCUAAAUACAUAUUCAAAAACCUGUUGGCACAAUUUA